AUGAGUUCUAUGAAAGCAUUUCUAUACUUUCUAUUUUUUCUCCAUCUCCAGCACUACUUUUUUCAAGCCACCUCACGAUCUACUACACGUUUAGCCACCGCUGGCGCUGAUCCAAGCCAUGUCAAUCUUCGGGUCCAGUCAGUUGAGUCAGAACAUGACGGUAACGCUUUUGCUGACAAAGCAGCGGAACUAGCUGUCGUUGUUAAGAAAGGCGGUGGCGGAGGUGGACACGGCGGAGGUGGACGUGGCGGAGGUGGACGCAGCUCUGGUGGAGGAGGACGAGGAGUGUAUCCAGGUUUUGGAGUAGGUGGUGGAUCGCAUCACCACGGUGGUAACCGUUCAAGCGGCUACCGGAAAAGUGUUAGCGUUCGGCUAGGUUUAUCGACUUUACUCGGUUUAGUUUUGGGUUUUUAG